AUGAGCUCCAUCGACACAGAACAGAAGUACGAUGUACUCAUCAUCGGAGCCGGUCUCUCUGGAGUCUGCGCACUCUACAACUUCCGAAAGCGCUUCCCAGGCUGGCGUGUUGGUGUCCUGGAGGGAGCCGACAAUGUCGGAGGAACUUGGUACUGCAACCGCUAUCCUGGCGCCCGAGUUGACACCGAGUCCCUGUCCUACGCAUACUCGUGGGACAAAGACCUGUUGAACGAAUGGACAUGGAAGGACUCAUUCUCGACCCAAGAAGAUGUUCUUCGUUAUAUUGAACAUGUUUGCGCCAAACACAACCUGAACAAAGAUAUCCAAUUCAACACCCGAGUCAAGACAGGCCGGUGGCAGGAGAAGAACAACACUUGGCUCUUCUGCGACGAGAAAGGCACUUUCCACCGGACUCGCUUUUUCGUCAGCUGUAUGGGUUUCCUGUCAACGCCUACACUCCCUGCUAUUCCCGACAUCGAAAAGUUCGAAGGCCAGGCUUUCCACACCUCUCGCUGGCCAAAGAACUUUGACAUGACUCGUGGAUUGGCCAACAAACGAGUCGGCGUGAUUGGUACUGGAGCAACCGGUAUUCAGACCAUCACUGCAGUUUCCAAGGAGCCCGUCAAGUCAUUGAGUGUUUUCCAACGCACUGCCAACUGGUCUGCGCCACUUCGCAACGAGCCUAUCACUCCACAGCAAAUGGAGCAGCACCGCAAAGACUAUGACGACCUCUUCAAACUAUGCGCCGAAACACCCACCUGCUUCAUGCACCAGGCCGACCCACGAAAGUCUCUCGAAGUAUCCGCCGAAGAGCGCCAGGCCCUCUGGGAAGAAAUCUACGCAAAGCCCGGUUUCGCCAAGUGGCUGGGUACAUUCAGCGAUACCUACAGCAACCGCGAAGCCAACAAGCUCUACUCCGACUUCAUGGCCAGCAAGAUCCGAUCACGAAUCCGCGACCCGAAGGUGGCUGAUAGCUUGAUUCCCAAAAACCACGGAUUCGGGACACGGCGAGUUCCACUUGAGAGUGGGUACUUUGAAGUAUACAACCAGCCCAAUGUUCACCUCGUUGAUCUCCAAAAGACGCCAAUUGAGCGCGUUACCAAGAAUGGUAUCAUCACAAAUGAUGGAAAGACACACGAGCUGGAUGUUUUGAUCUACGCUACCGGCUUUGACGCCAUCACCGGUGCUUUCAACUCUGUCGAUUGGCAAGGAAAGGAUGGCCGACCUCUCAUUGGAUCCAGUGAUAAUGAGGAAGGCAAGCACGCAAUCUGGGUUGACCAUCGCCCACGCACAUAUCUCGGUAUGACAGCUUGCUCCAUGCCUAAUAUGUUCAUGGUUCUGGGCCCACACCAGCCUUUCGGAAAUGCUCCACGAACCAUUGAGCAUGCUGUUGAUGUUAUUUCGGAUCUGCUGCAGCACUGCAAGGACAACAACUUCUCCUAUGUGGAGCCUACCUCCGAGGCCGUCGAGGCAUGGACCGACCACGUUGUGGAGUGCAGCAAGGGUGCAUUGUCGAAUGAGAUUGACAGUUGGAUGACCGGUGUGAACAAGAACGUCAAGGGAAAGACUGUUCGAAGCGUUGCCAGAUAUGCAGGUAAUGCUGUUGAAUAUCGGCGGAGAUGUGCAGAGUCCAAGGCAGCUGGUUGGAAGGGAUUGGCAUUUGCGCAGCUUUCGACUGCCGCUCGACUGUGA